AUGGGAUCGAGGGAAGAGAGACAUAGGCAUAACCGUGAUCUUGUGCCAUUGGCUGCACUAAUAAGCAGGGAAUUAAAGAAGGUGAAAAUGGAGAAACCAACCGUGAGAUAUGGAUGUGCAGCUCAGUUACGGGAUUGCCAGAGAGUUACGGGAAAUCCAUCAACAUCUUUCUCUGUUCUUGCGAUUUUUGAUGGGCAUAAUGGGAAUGCUGCUGCAAUUUUUUCAAGGGAUCAUUUAUCGAAUUACUUUUUGGCGCUAUUCCUCGAGGGCUCGGGCAGGACAAUUGGCUUCAAGUUUUACCUUGAGCCUUGGAUGCUGGAUUUGUUAAAACUGAUAAGGAGUUUUAGAGCAAAGGCAUGA